UGUAGGGGUGGACAGGGAAGCCGAUGGGUAUAUAAAAGAAGGGAGAGGGCGUCCCAGUAUCAGUCCUUGCCCUCUCCUGCUGUAGUAAUGAAGGUCCUGGUUGCAGUGGUGUUGCUCAGCGUGGUGGCGACGGCGGUCAUGGCCACCCCAGACGAUGACUAUUUCUUCUACCGCCGCCCCGCCCGUCCCGUGGUGCAUGUGUUGAAGCCCGCUAGGCCCACCAGAUACGUGGUGCGGCAGUUUUCGGUGCCCUUCAGCCCAAGCUUCAGUCCCUACCACUUCUUUGACGAUGAUCACUUUGACCGUAAGAAGCGCAGCGCCGAACCAGAGCCUGUGGCCGAAGCCUCCAACUCUCGCAAGAAGAGAGAUGCGGACUUCGAUGACGAUUUUCCCUGGUAUUCUGUAGGCCACGUGGCACCCAGGAUCUACAGUAGGCCCAGAGUGUACUAUCGCCCCGCCCCAUUCGUGCCCUUCGGUUUUGGCCGCGGCUUCUUCGAUGAUAAAUAAUCAGCGAAUGCAGGACGAAGAGUAACCUAUAGAAACAUCAGAAUUGGCAUCCAUUUCCUCUUUAUACUUCAGUCUCAUCCUGUUUCCUAUCUGGCACAUGAUUAGUUAUCUUGCUGAUUCGAAAGUUUUCUUGUGAUGUAAUUUUGACUUGGAUGUGUAAGUUCCUUGUAAAAUACUGUGUUGAUUUGACUCGGUUACAUUAUUCAUCUGGUCCCUUGAUCUACUGUAUAUGUAUGCUGUCUGUUAACAAACUCCCCAGACCCACUAUCUGUAUUUCCUAUUUUCUUAUUAAAGGUUUAAAGGAC